AUGACAUCCCGACAGCAACUCCUCGACUCACAUCCGAGCCUCAACGCGAGCAUGGGCGACUUCGAAGCGCACGACUUCUCCCCCACUGUCCCCGAAUACCCCUCCCAACACUCCGGCUUCAUGGAUCGCCAAAGCGUGCAGACCUCCGAUUACAGCGAAGCAACCUCGUCGCGGCGCAGCUACUCGCCACCUGCCUGGCGAAAAGCUGGGAGCGGGUGGUUCAAGAAUGGACAGUUGCCUUAUCAGCCUAGUCGAAAGAACAGCAAGGAAGCCAGCCCGCAACAACACCGCCAGUACUACCGCGAGGCAUCAGAGGAGGACUACAAUGUCGGCGACGACGGCGACGUGACCGCAUAUCGGACUGCUAGGCGCAUUCCCUUACCCGAGUCACCCGUCAAGGGUCGCAGCCCCAGUGUUAGUCCUGACCCUGUCAAGUGUGGCGCGCAAGAGGGCGAUAAGGGCGGUGGUGAUGGGGGAAGCUUGCAGACUGUGAAGCAUAUCAAGGAAGAGGAGCAAGAUGACGGAGAGGUCGAUACGCCGACAAUGCGCACUCCCACACAAAACAACUACAUCCGUUUCCAGACGUCACUUGAUGUCGUUCAGCGAACAGAGCCGAUCGAAGCUGUGGUCGGCGGUGUUCGGAGAGCAAUACGGAACAUCACCCAUUCCCCUUAUCACACUUUCCUCUACGCGAUAGGCUCCAUCGUCCUUUACUGGAUCUGCAUAAGUCUAUUCUCAACACCAGCCAACGGACCCUCCCCAGACCUGAUCAAAGUCGCAGGCCUUGUGAGGUCGUUUGAACCGGUCAUCUACUACUCAGAGCAUGGCCAUGCGCAGAUUGAGCAGUUACAGGAGACUGGUGUGGCUGUGUGGGAUUUGGGCGAGAGUGUCCGAAGCACAAACAUGACCUCGGCGCCGUUGAUUGUCAACCAAUUGGACGACCUUUCAGACAGCCUGAAGACGCUCGCUAUCGAAUUGACUCGAUUCUUCGCAUCCGUCGAUGCGGACGUGGACUCCAUCCUCUUGGUCAUGGAGUGGGCACAGCGAGAACUGUCAACCAUCUCAAUGGAACCGCCCAGCACGAUCAGCUCCGUGUGGUCGAAUGCUCACACCAUGCUCACCAGGGUUGGUCUGAUGAGUGACAGCAAGCUGGCGCAGGCUGUUCUGGGGCAAACCUACCAACAGCGCACCAAAGCCACAAUGGAGCGCACCUUCUUCGAGUUUCUCGGCGUGCUGGAGGAGAGCAUUAACAAUGAACUCACCUACUCCACGUCGCUCUUCCAACUCUUCGAGGCGAUCGACAAGCAGUUCCUCAACCUCCAGCGCACUGUCAUCCGCGAGCAAGACACUCAGGAGCGGGCAGAGAAUGACUUCCUCGGCAGCCUCUGGACGAAAGUGAUUGGAGUCAACGCCUCGAAACUGCGCAAGUAUGAGAAGAACAAGAAUCUCUUACACUCGGUGCGGGAUCGGACGGUGCGUAACAAGCACGUCCUCGUUGAGCACAACCACCGCCUGUACCAAGUCAAGGAGAACCUCGAAAUCCUGCGUCGCAAGCUCGUGAGCCCUCUCGUACGAAGCAGCAACUCCAGCACCAUCUCCAUCGACGACCAGAUCCGCGGACUGGCGACGACGUACCAGCAGCUGAAGAGCAGUCGCGACGCUCAGAAGCACAAGAUGAUGGAGAAACUGUUCGGCGAUGUGCCUCGUCGGGUCAGCUUACCAGGCGGAGCAGACCAUGGCCGGUCGAUUGAAGGCAGUGUCACGUCCUCGGCAACGUACUAUUCAUGA